AGAAGAAUGCUAAUAAUAAAUGCAAUGCACUCCAGUAAACCCCCUACCAAAACGCCCAAGAACCGCAGGCACCAACAUUUCGGCCCGCAAUCCUUGGCGAUGCGAUGAACCAAAAACCGGAUGACCACUUGGGGCCCUUUUCUCCUCCCCUCCUGUCGCCGAUUUAAUUGCCCCUUUUCCCAUCUUCCUGCGCUCUUCUUUCCCAGUGAAUCCUGUGUUCCUGACACCUCUCUUUUCGACGUGAACAACUCUCAGAGGUAGGCCAUCCCUUUCCCCAACGCGAACGACACACGAACCGGUUCUUGUCGGGUCUGAUCGCGAUCGGCUCCGCUUGUCAGCCCUACACUCUGAAGAACUCCAUUCCAGAUCGGACCUCCUCGAAUUUUACCAACACCCAACCCACGAACCGAAACGAUCCUCAUCAAACCACCAUGGGCGCCCGCAUCAUCCCCCUCGUCAUCCUCCUCGUCGUGGUCUCCGUCCUGGCCGUGAUCGGCUACAUUGCGUGGAGCAUCGCGCAGGAAGUCACGCGCACGACGCGGUCGAAGAUGGAGAAGAAGAACGUCGUCUGGACGCGCGACGGCAUGAAGGUCGGCGUGAAGGAGCUGAAGGACGAGGAGUAUAAGGAUCGGAGUCAGAGCGUGCUGGUCAAUAUGUGGAAUCACACGUCGUUUCCGGCGUACAAGAGUCGGUUGUGGAAUAUGACCGGGUCGGCGGAUGAGGCGGAGAAGCGGAAGUGAGUCAUGGGCUCGAGUCCGAUUCCUUCCCUGCGACUACACUACCGAGUCCAGGUGAUACCGGUGCUAUCCAGUUGACGUGAUUCUGACUGACGAUGUCAUUUGAUUCGAUGUUAAUGAUACCUCAAAUGAUUUAUUUCUUUUUCGUAU